CGCUAGUGGGACGUCUUCUAGAAUUUUGAUAUUUGAUAACCUGCUCACGAAGCUGCUGUAAAGCUAUUUCUUGACCAAUUUCUGGUUGGAAAGACACUGAAGGAUAGCAGAAAGACCCAACCUAGGUAGCUCAGCAUCAUGGCAGACACACAACAGAGACUGCAAGGUCUUUCCGAGCAGUUUCAGAAGCUCCAAACAGAUCUACAGAAUAAUAUACAAUCACGGCAAAAGCUCGAGUCGCAACAGCAAGAGAACAAGGGCGUUCAAAAGGAAUUUGCAAGUCUCGACGACAAUUCAACUAUCUACAAAUUAGUUGGACCUGUACUCCUGAAGCAAGAUAAAGCCGAAGCUAUAUUGGGUGUAGAUGGCAGAUUAGAGCUCAUUGGGAACCAAAUCAAGGAGGUAGAAAAGCAGAUUAAAGAAGCACAAGACAAGAGUGAAGAGCUGAAAGCACAGAUCAUUCAAGCUCAGACAGAAGCACAAGAGCAUGGUGCUCAAGCACAAGUUGCCGCAUGAAGGGAUAACUGAACACAGGUAUUUGGCGUCUAGGGAAGAUCUGCAUUGCAUGGCGCACGAUACCGAAGAAAUGUUCAUACCAAACCUGGAGCUUUUUCUUGUCCAAAUUCAAAGUAACCUAAGGCUUACAGGUUAUUGCAUUUCCGACAGAACUUCAAGCUUGUCAACAGAUGUCUGAUAGUUCAUCUUACAUUUUCCACAGCUCCUAUCUACUUCCAAACGCAGGAGUAGCAAGCCUCAGUGGGCAACUGUCGAAACGAAAUAGAAAGAAUUAGAUCUUUGUCGGCUUCUUAAUUGAGUAUUCAUCUUGAAACGAUAGUACAUUGGACUAUGAGCUUCAAUUUGACACUUUGAUAAUCUGUGCUGAAGAAUUCACUAGUCACCCCCUUUUCUACAAGACAAAGAAGCGUGUGGCCAAAAUGUCCAGGAG